AUUUUACAGUAUAAUUUAUUCCCCUAUUUUUCAGACUUCAGUGUCACAUGAUCCGUUAUAAAUCAUUCUAAUAUGCUGAUUUGCUGCUCAAAAAAACAUUAAUUAUUAAUAAUGUUGGAAACAGGAUUCUCUGAUGAACAGAAAGUCCUAUAUUCUUUUGGACUUUCAGUUCAUUUGAAAUAUGAAUCUUGUCUUACUCGAUCAAUUUAAUGCCUAUUUUCAAAACACUGAACCCCAGACGUAUGAACAGUACUGUAAAUUAACUACAAAUCGCGUUGAAACAAGCGGCAUGAGCCCUCUCCCUUUCCAUAGUUCUCAAUUGUGUCAUGUGACUCCUUGUAACCAAUCAGAGUCGUUCAAUACGUGCACUAUUUGUAGUCCUUUCAUUUUUGCCGCACACGUGCGCGUUAUUUGUAUAGAGAAAGGGUUGUUUACAAGUGUAAUGUAACUAUGAAUGAUUGUGCCAUUUUUACCUACUCUAAGAAGGACUUUAUAAAUGAUGUUUGUUCCGGGAACCCGAACCGGUCCAGAUUUGACAUCGCGCUGCGGUCCGGAUGGACUGAGAGGAAGAACGCCGGGUUGUUUCGGUACCAGUUGGACGAUUUGGAGACGCGGAUCCUCCCUGGGCCCUGUGGAUACAUCGCUCAGCUGAACAUCAUGAGAGGCAUCGAGAGACGAAAACCUCAGGAGAUCCUGAGCGUCCGGCAGAACUUUGACCCAAAGCAAUUCAAUUUCAACAAAAUCAACCUCAAAGAGCUGCUCUUUGAAUUACAGUGUGAAGAGGGAUGCCAUAAAAGUGGUUCAAAACGGAAGUGCAAAGUGAUAAUAAACGUGAGUCCGCUGGAAUUCGGUCACUGUCUGCUCGUACCUGAACCGGACCGGUGUCACCCUCAGAUAUUGACCCCUCUGGCGGUCCAGAUGGGGAUAGAAACGGUUCUGCUGAGCGCUGAUCCAGGAUUCAGGGUUGGCUUCAACAGCCUGGGUGGGUUUGCCUCAGUUAACCAUCUCCAUCUCCAUGGCUACUACCUAAAGCACCAACUGAGGAUCGAGAGCUCCCCAGCAGAACUGAUCCUGCCUAAAAAACAGUUGUAUGGGCUCCUGGACUUCCCAGCAGGCUUUCUGUUCUACACCCAGGGUCCAAACCUGGAUUUGACAGUCAAUGCGGUGUGCAAUCUCACUGAUAUUUUGGUUGACAGGAACAUCGCACACAACCUCUUCAUCACCCGAGGUUGUCCUCCACAGAGGGAGCAUGAACAGUCUUCAUCACGAAUCGGGGUGAGGGUUAUCGUAUGGCCCCGCUUGUCUUGUUUUGGGGCCAAAGAAGAGUCUGCCUUCAAUGUGGCCCUGUGUGAGCUCGCCGGUCACCUUCCCUUCAAAAACAGAGAAGACUAUGACACAGCCACUGAGGACGGAGUACGGGACAUCAUCCGGAAAUAUGUGCUGCCACAAGAAGAAUUCAGGGAAUUGCAAAAGCAUGUCAUGAAAUGUUUAUUAUAGAUGCCACUUUUAUUUUAAGAACACAUCAUAUUAUCCUGUGUUAAGUGAGAAGUUGCAUAUGAAAAGCUGCUAAGAUUAUAUAUAUAUAUAAUUGUAUGUAUUCUGUCUAUUAUUUAAAAAAAAAACAAGUGCCAUCUACAACACAAUAAACAGAAUGCACAUUAAUGCAUAUUUGCACUUGUUGCGUCCAUGUAAAUUGCCAUACAAGCUCAUUUUCAUCACAUGACCUCAUCACUUAACAUUUUGCUUUUUAAUCCUAUUUUGUGAAGUCAGAUCAAGUACUGAGUCAAAAAUAAUGUACAUUUUGGAAAGACAUUGCAUUGUGGGAUACAGUAUUCCAGACAAUAAGCUCUGUUGGAUACUUUUGCUGAAUUUGGAGUUGCAUACUAACAUACUACCACUAUUCCUGCCAAAAAGUGGUAUGCGGUUCUAAUUUCAGCAGAUAUAUUUGGUAAUCAGUAUUUUGUCAUGAAAAAAAAAAAUCAUGUAGCCUACACAACAUACAUGGCAUAUACAGUAAAGUCUGCUUCCAUACAGCUCAAUACUGGAUAUCCUUCUCUAUAGCUCUCUCUAGUGGUCUGUGAGGUUCAAAUAUUUUGAUUUGGGAAAUAAAAUAAGCAUUUAAUUGGAUAGUAGGCUACAUUCAUUUCUCAUUAAUUGAAUUAUAUUUCAUAAAUCAGGGUUCCCGCGGAUCCUUAAAAGGUAUUUAGAUUACACUUUGACUUAGACGUGUCUAAAUGCUUUCCCAAUUAAAUGUAAUUAGCGUCCAUGUCAUUUUUUAUUAUUCUGUCUUUUUUAGACUUGCUUGUUCGUGUCAAUUUGCAUCAUUUGCAGCAGCAUAUUACGUCUGAGAGAAGAAGAAGUUCGCAGAUGCCGACGCGACAACAACCUCCACCCUCCCCACCACCACCAGGAUGGUCCCGUCUAUACUUCCCUGGGGGGUCGGCUGCGCCCCUGCCUUCGUCUUCAGGUAGGAAAUGCUGAUCCGCUACCCUCGGAUUACGAUCUAUAGCGGGGGCCUACGCCAAAGAACUUUGCAAAUAAUUGCCUGCUGGGCUGUCAAUAAAUGGAUGCUUUGUUACAUCAUUUUAUCUCACGAGUCUUUCUGGUAGAACUAAGUAGCGAACAGAACAAGAAACAAGUAUGAACAUAACCCGGACGCAUCCCCCUUCCC